AUCUGGGAUACGAGAAGCGACAGCCUGCAGUUUACAGGAUCCGAAACUGCGAGCGGUUCAGAUAAAUACGUUUUACAGACAUAAAAAAAAACAAAAAACAACAACAGUUGUGGAUUUAUAACAAGUAUAUAUACACGUGUUUUUUCCCCACUCAGGUAAAUACAUAUUUACAUUUUUUUUUUAAAAUCGGGAGAUUUAACGCACAAACAUAUUUUUGUAUCGUUGGAGAAUGUGCUCAAAAUACUUUUCUAACUUUUAAAUAUAUACAUUAGAGGGUUUUAAACUAAUCGGUUUGAGAAAGAAGACCCGAUAGAUUUAAUCUGGACACUGUUCUGUAUUUUGAGGCUUCCACGGUUCCUUGAGUGUAAAGCUUUAAACCAAAAGAAGAAAUCAUCAAACAUAUUAAUUUGUUUUUCAAGCGAGGAAAACGUCAAGUGGGAUGUUGAGUUCUGUAAAAAUGGAAUCCCACGAAAUUCCAGAAUGGAAUUCUUUCUACGCAGAACCGACAGAGAUGUACCCUUCCAUCAGCACAAUGAGCUCAGGGUUGGGUUCCAUGAACAGCUACAUCAACCUGAAUUCUGUGGGGUCCUCAGCAGGCAUGAACAUCUCGUACCCAAGCAGUGGGAUCAACACUAACCCUCUGACGGGCAUGAGCGCCAACUCCAACCACAUGAGCCUUUCCCCGGUGGUGUCCUCCCUCAAUCACAGCACCCUGACCCAGCUUGGGGCCCAGACCUCCUCCCUCACCUCCAUCUCGCCCUAUCAGAACAUGAGCCAACCCAUGAGCCAGCUCAGCUACCCCUCAACCGGGCUGAACAGGGCCAAGGAGAUGAACAAGCCCUACCGUCGCACCUUGACUCAUGCCAAGCCGCCAUACUCCUACAUCUCCCUGAUCACCAUGGCGAUCCAGCAGUCCAACACCAAGAUGUUGACCCUCAAUGAGAUCUACCAGUGGAUCAUGGACCUCUUCCCUUACUACAGGGAAAACCAGCAGAGGUGGCAAAACUCCAUCCGCCACUCCUUGUCUUUCAAUGACUGCUUCAUCAAGGUGGCCAGGUCUCCUGACAAGCCCGGAAAGGGCUCCUAUUGGGCACUGCACCCCAAUUCGGGGAACAUGUUCGAGAACGGGUGCUACCUCCGACGCCAGAAGCGCUUCAAGCUUGAGGACAAAGCCAGCAAGAAGAAUUCCUCGCUCAAGACUCAAGAUGCAAAGGGCCAGGACAGCCUUCAUGAGGAACACAGCCCCGACCUGGGCUCAGAAGGGGCAGAGUCAGCCCAUUCUGACAACUCCCACCAUGGUUCUUCUCCCAAGGAUCAGCAGCAGAGAAGCCUGAUCCAGCUGGAAUGUCCCCAGCCGCCAGCCCAAGGCUCUCCUUCUAUGUCUGCUUCUGGUUCCAACGCCACCUCGUCCUCCCACCCUCUCCCCCAGCCCAUGGGAGGCAACCACCUUCUCCAAAGCUCCAUCCAACACCUGGAUCUCCAGAAUGACCAUCUCAAGUCAUUGGACCCUCACUACAAUUUCAACCACCCCUUCUCCAUCACCAACCUGAUGUCCUCGGAGCAAAAGAUGGACCUCAAGUCCUAUCAGGAUCAGAUGAUGGCUUAUAAUAGCUACUCUUCUUCCUCCCCUAUGAUGGCCAAGCACAGUUACGACAGCUCCACCUCAUCACCCAUGGACACAGGCUCCUACUACCAAACCCUGUACAGCAGAUCCGUCCUCAAUGCCUCAUAACAACCCCCGGAAAGGAGGCUUGAUGGUUUUUCCUUGGACACAAGAUAGGUAGGGGAACCAAAGGGAUCGGCUAUGCCAACUGCUGUAGGGGGGGGGGGGGGGGGACAGGUUCCUGCAAAGAACAUUUUGUUGUCGAUUCACGUGUGUGGACUUGUGUGCGUUGCACCUUUUUGUUUUGUUCUUAGAGGAUUAAAUUUACAAUUAUUAAAUACCCCUUCCCCCAACCCGAAAUAACGUCAACCACUUUGGUUACCCCCCCCCCCCUACCCCCACUAACAAAAGGAAAUCAUGGUGCAGCCCUGAAUUUGACUGGUCAACAGACUAAAAAGAUGAAUUCCAUCCAAAUACAAGACACCUAUGUUGCUGGACUUCAUAGGGUAAAAAUAAAAUAAAAUAAUAAUGAUGAAAUAAAACAUUAGGCAGUUUACUCAGGCUUUCUACAAUGUGUGUAUAGAUCUGUACAUAUCGUCAAGAGAAAGCUAUGGUUCAUAUAUUUAUGAAGCGAAAAAUAAUUCAUAGUAUAUCCUGCACAAGUCGUUCUUAAUAGUAAUAAAAAAAAUGUUUCAAAGGUUACUGUUCUUUGUUACUGCAUUACAGGGAUAUUCUGACCUGUUACAAUCAAAUGGAGUCGUUCAACUCUUUAAGAUGUGUCUACCAUACUAUAAUAAUUGUUUGUGCCAAAGUGUAGGUCCCUUACAUCCUAAACACUGGUUUAGGAUAUAAGGGAACGAGACAGGCUGAGGGGGAAAGACUCCCUAGUCUCUUAGAGAACUGAAAUCACUUGAAUUUAAACUUUUCUCAAACUAGCGUCCUGACAAUCAUUAGAAAAUAUGUAUUUAAAAAAAAAAAAAAAAAAAAAAAAGUUUUAAAUGUAUCUUUCAAGUUUUCAGGUCAUUAAAAAAAAAAAUUAAAAAUAAAUAAUUAUAUGAAAAACUGUUUAUUUAAAUAUUUUGCUUUAAAGCAGGGAAUAUGGAGUGUGUUAAUAUAUUGUGUGUCUUUUAGUGGUUUUGUUGUCUUGUGGGUUUUCUUAUUAAAAAAAAAAACUUGAAAAAAACGGAUGAAUUUGUGUUUUUGUUCAAGGAGGGAGGCUGACAGUAAUCGAAUACCUUA